AGGAUUGGCGGAUAGAGUGUGCUUGAAAUGAGAAGACCUAAAACCCCAGGGUUUAUCAAUUAUCAUUUGUACGGCAAAACCAGUGGCAACUACACCUUCAAUUCAAAGAAGCAGAAGCAGAAGCAGAAGCACAAGAAAGAAGAAGAAUAAAAAGAAAAUGGUUGGAGUAGCAGCUCGCAAUUAUUUAGUUCCAGCUUUAUCAAUGCUUCCGAAUCCAAUGAAAUCAUCUCUUUUCAAUCAAAACGCAAACUUGUUUGGCGUUUUUGGACUUUCUAGAAAUACAACCAGGAGGUUUUCGUCUUCUUCUUCCAGGAUUAGUAUGAGCUUGAGAGCUGGAAUCGUUGGCCUUCCUAAUGUCGGGAAAUCUACUCUCUUUAAUGCCGUUGUUGAGAAUGGAAAGGCUCAAGCUGCUAAUUUUCCUUUUUGCACAAUAGAGCCUAAUGUAGGCAUUGUUGCAGUUCCAGAUCGAAGACUCCAUGUACUUUCUAAUCUCAGCAAAUCUCAACGGGCUGUCCCAGCGUCCAUAGAAUUUGUUGACAUUGCUGGGCUUGUGAAGGGUGCAAGUCAAGGCGAGGGGCUGGGUAAUAAAUUCUUAUCUCAUAUUCGCGAGGUGGACUCCAUUCUUCAGGUUGUUCGUUGUUUUGAAGACAACGACAUUGUUCAUGUGAAUGGCAAAAUAGAUCCCAAGUCUGACAUUGAUGUUAUAAAUUUGGAGCUUGCUUUCUCAGAUUUGGACCAGAUUGAGAAGAGAAUGGAGAAGCUCAAAAGAGGGAAGGGAAAAGAUUCACAGUCUAAACUAAAGGAGGAAGCAGAAAAGGCUGCCUUGGAAAGGAUUCAACAGGCACUGAUGGAUGGAAAACCAGCACGAUCUGUCUCUUUAACUGAUUUUGAAAGGGAUUCUAUAAAGCACCUUUGCUUGCUUACAAUGAAACCUGUUAUAUAUGUUGCCAAUGUGGCAGAGACUGAUCUAGCUGAGCCUGCAAGUAAUCCCCAUGUCAAAGAAGUAAUUAAUCUUGCAUCUGAGUUGCAAUCUGGGCUAGUGACAGUUUCUGCACAGGUUGAGGCAGAACUGACUGAACUUCCAUCUGAGGAAAGAGUGGAAUAUAUGAAAUCUCUGGGUGUCAGUGAGAGUGGCCUUGGGAACCUUAUCAGGGCUACAUAUAGCCUUUUGGGGCUACGUACAUACUUUACUUCUGGUGAAAAGGAAACAAAAGCAUGGACCAUACUUGCAGGAAUGACUGCACCUCAGGCAGCUGGAGUUAUUCACUCUGAUUUUGAAAAAGGUUUCAUUCGAGCGGAAACGGUGGCUUACAAUGAUUUUGUUGCAGCUGGUUCCCUUGCAGCUGCUAGGGAAAAAGGACUUUUGAGAUCUGAGGGUAAAGAUUAUGUUGUACAAGAAGGAGAUGUGAUGCUAUUUCGUUUUAAUGUUUAAUAUCAGUCCCAUUCAAACUGAAUGCAUCUUCUUGUUCUUCACCAAUCAAGCUGAUGAACAAAUGAGGAUAUGGCUUGUUUGGUAUAUUGGUCGUUGAGAAUUCCACGACAGGAGAUCACAUCCAAUGGGAUGAAAGAGGUGAAGUAUCCCAUGCAUUUUUAUUUUUGACAAAAUUAUAUAGUUUGCUUGUUGAAUGAACUACUCAAUUAAUUUACAAAAUUAUGGGUUGUAUAAUUAGACAAUUAAACACUCUCUUUAGAAUAAAAUAAAACUGAAAAAAUAUGUUAGGAAUUUUAGA